CGUCCGCGCCGUUUCCUCCCCCUCUUCCCGCCUCCCACUACCCUAAAAUCGCGCACGCAGCAUCCUUGCGCGCGAAACACGCGUACACGCCGGUGGACGCACGUCGUGUGUCUAUGGCUCUCGCGUGGCUGUACAUACCUGUGAAUAGUGUAUUUUAAGCCUUAGUUUUAACGAAAUGACCGACUGAAGAAGAAGGCGGGAGAGCCGCGAAGACGGAGAACAUACGUGAGAGUGCGUGAGAGAGCGACGCGAAGGCAGGAGGAAGACCGCGAGAGGGAGAGAGAGAGAGAGAGAGAGAGAGACAGAGUGAGAGAGGAGACGGAGAAAAAAAGAGGGUAGCGCAGGCGGAAAGACGGUUGAUUGCGGAACGUCGGAGACAGUCGUCGAGAAGCCGUUCACGCCGUUCGUUCGAGGGCGAGCACGAUAUACGCUGCGGUCUUCUCGAGACUGAUAUCUACGCGCCGCUUGCCGUCAUCGCUACUAUCAUCAUCGUCGCCGCCACCACCAUCGUCACAGCCAGCAACAAAAGCCGCCCCGUUACCGUCGUCGUCGUCGUCGUCGUCGUUGCCGUAAUCAUCAUCAUCGUCGUCGUCGUCGUGGAAACCCGAAGAUGUGCCGCCGUUAAGUAUCAGCGAGUGUGACCGAAACAUGUUUGCGCAACGGCCGUAACGUGCGGCAUCAUCAUCGGCAUCUCUGCCAGAGACGCGCCGCCGGCUCCUCACCGUACGAGGGUUUAACCUUCACGAGGCUCGAGGGUGCCCAUCACCCAUCUCCCCAGCACGCUCGGCCGGACCAGCGGCGCGACCUGACAUCACGAGGACAUGAAGUGGCUCGGCGCGAGCAGCGGAGGCGCCGGAGGCGAACCGGCAUCCUCCAUGCAGCUGCAUCACACCUCCGCCAACGGCCACAUACCCACGGAUACGGAACAGUGCGGACAAGUUAUGGCUGGUGGGGAUAAUAUGCGAAUUCAACCUGGUCAGACACAUCAGAUGGGGGUGAAUAGAACUCAAGACGAUGCCAUGGUUGGUUAUGUAUUUCAACGACCUACAGAACCAGAAUUUAGUACCCAAUCUUCGACUUUUCAAGCGAAACAAGCUCCAAGAGCAUGGGCUUUAGCGGAUGAUGUUAUUGUCGAUAAUAAUCAAGAGAAGUGGAAAUAUUCUAUGACUAAGCUCGGUGUACCUCAGCAGAGUCAAUCUCAGCAACUUGGAUUGACUAUGAAUAAUGUACAUCUAAGUAAUGUACCAUAUGAGAUACAUCCUAUGCAAUUAAAAAGUGGAGCACCUGGUGCAGAACAUUUGGUUUACUUGAACAAUCAGAUGACUCAACAACAGGUCGCGCUCUUUCAUCACCAACAGCAGCAACAGCAACAAUUCAGAAAUGGACAGAUCGCUCCCUCGGCAAAAAAGCUCUGGGGCGUGGACGAAGGAGGCUCCAAGGACGAAGGGGGUGUAAAAGGCGGUGGGACCCUGCUUCACCUGGGCGACCACCAGACCAUGUGGCGGGAUUCCACCUGGAGCACGUCAGAUCAUGCAGUGUCGCAGCCAAUCUCAAUGGGCACGGGUAGACGUGUGGGAGUUGGGACGGGAUAUCAUCAUCAAGCAUCAGAAGUCGGAACAGUGCUCAGUCCCAGAAGCAGGUUAGCAUGUUUAUAUAUUUCGUUUUGUAUCCACAAUUUCCCGAAUAUUAUGCAUUUUUGCCUGUCGAAUCUUAUUUCUUUAUUACAGAAUACCGAUGCAGACAAGAAAGAAAAAGAGAAAGGUUCGGCAAGUCCCUUUGAUAGUACAAAGGAUGACACUGGCCCUCAGGGUAACGGAUUAGCGUCUCAAAAUGGUCUGGAUGAAGAUAAAGGAUUUAAUCGCACACCUGGAAGCCGCCAACCAUCACCGGGCGAGGAGGAAUUUCAGAAGAACGCUGCCGCCACUCUGGCCGUAAGCGCCGGCGGUGGUGGCGUCGUGCUGCUGAAACCCGGGGUUGACGUUGUCGGCAGCGAAGAACAUUUCAUGGCAGCGUUUGCACCGCCGCAUCAUCUGCAGCAUCAUCAGGCCCCGCCAACUCAUCAUCUGCAACAUCCACACUCGCACGCGGCAGCACAACUUUUCGGAGCGCAAGCUCCGCCACCGCAGGGUCCACCACCCUCGCAGCAACAGCAACAGCAGCAGGGUCCACCACAGCCGCAAGACACUACUACGCAUUUCGACGUUCAGCAACUGUUUCGCAGUCAACCGCAAGGCGCGACACCGCAACAACUGCAAUUACUUCAGCAGCAGCAGCAACAGCAGCAGCAGCAGUACCUGGCCGCGUCCCAGGCGCAACAGCAGCAGCAACAACAGCAGCAGCAGAAUUUCCCCACGGCCCCGUAUACCGUUAUCAGCGGUCAGGAACCUUACGUAGGGGCAUUGAUAGCCGGCGCACCGCCGCCAGUCGUACCGCAGUACUAUGGGGUCGGGCCCUGGGUCUAUCCGGCCGGUCUGCUCCCGCAGGCGCCACCCCAAGCGGCCGCACCACCGCCACCCCGGCGACCGCUCACCCCCUCCUCGGCGGCGGCCGCGGCCGCUGCCGCACAGGACACCGCGAAUAAUCUGGCACAAACGGUUCAAGGUCAGUAUCAGGUGAUACCGGCUUACUACGAUCAAAACGGUUCCAUCGUCAUGGGAGGCGUUCGCGGUCUGAGUUCAGCGGCGACUCCCAUGAGAUUAGUUAGCCCCGCGCCAGUUCUCGUGAACAGAGCCCCGUCUCAGCCUCCACCGGGUCCACCGGCACCGCCACCACCGAACCUAUAUUCCCAGCCGACCCCGACAUCUCACAGCAACGCCACACCCGGCGAAUGUCUAGGUCUGGCAGCGUGCAGCGCAGCGGCAGUGGUCGCGCAAGCCCAGGCGGUUGCGGUGCAACAGGCGCAGCAGCAAGGCUCGGGACUUGCCGCGGGUUUAGCGGCCCUAGGAUACGGCGGUUCCCCGCUCGGGGCACUGGGCUCACCUGCCCAACUACAGAAUACAGGUUUAGGCCUCGGUGCGUCUUCGACCGGCAGACGAGAUUCCUUUGAUAGAAAUACUUCAGCCUUCAGUCCAAGCUUGGAAUAUAGCCGGGCGAAGUGGCCUCAGAGUUACGGCGCCCUCGGUACAGUUACUGCGUCACCGAGUCCUCUAGGAUUGUCAUUAACACCGCCACCGACCUUAGGCGGAUCCUUAGGUGGUCUUGUCGGAGGAGCCAGUCGAGUAUCAGCGGCUCCUGGUGCCGAAGCCAAAUUUCGUGCUAGCGCGGUUCCGGCUCUGACAGCCAACGGAGUGUUUGGUUCUAGUAGCUCUCUGUUUCCCAACCUCGUGGGCAAACCUGGUCGCGGAGGUGCCGCUAAUAUCAGCGAUAAGAAUCCCGGAGGACGGUCUCGACUAUUGGAAGAUUUUCGAAAUAAUCGGUUUCCGAGUCUUCAAUUACGUGAUUUAGCUAAUCAUAUAGUUGAAUUCAGUCAAGAUCAGCAUGGCUCACGAUUUAUUCAGCAGAAAUUGGAGCGAGCCUCGGCCAAUGAAAAACAACUCGUAUUUCAAGAAAUCCUCUCCUCUGCAUAUUCCCUCAUGACGGACGUCUUUGGAAAUUAUGUCAUUCAGAAAUUCUUUGAAUAUGGUACACCGGAACAGAAAUCAACUCUCGCUCAAAAGGUUCGCGGACACGUUUUACCGCUAGCGUUGCAGAUGUAUGGCUGUAGAGUCAUACAAAAGGCCCUCGAGUCAAUCGCACCGGAACAACAGCAAGAGAUCGUGCGGGAGCUUGACGGGCAUGUGUUGAAAUGCGUAAAGGAUCAAAAUGGUAAUCACGUCGUUCAAAAGUGUAUUGAAUGCGUCGAACCGCGGGCUUUGCAGUUCGUAAUAGGUGCAUUCGCCGGACAAGUGUAUUCCUUGAGCACUCAUCCUUAUGGCUGCCGAGUAAUUCAACGUAUUCUUGAACAUUGCACUGCCGAACAAACGCAAGGGAUUCUGCAGGAAUUACAUGCCGCGACAGACCAACUCAUUCAGGAUCAGUAUGGCAAUUAUGUCAUACAACAUGUGCUUGAGCAUGGAAAACCAGAAGACAAAGCACAAUUAAUCGGCAGUGUUAGAGGCAAAGUACUCGCCCUAUCCCAGCAUAAAUUUGCAAGUAAUGUAGUCGAGAAAUGCGUAACACAUGCUACUAGACAGGAACGCGCUGUACUGAUUGAAGAAGUUUGCGGCUUCAAUGACAACGCAUUAAACGUUAUGAUGAAGGAUCAGUAUGCCAAUUACGUUGUGCAAAAGAUGAUUGACGUGGCGGAGCCAGCGCAACGCAAGAUACUGAUGCACAAGAUCCGACCGCAUCUAGGGAGUCUGCGCAAGUACACUUAUGGCAAACAUAUUAUUGUUAAACUAGAGAAAUUCUUCAUGAAGACCGCUUCGGCGAUGGGAGUGGGAGCGACGCCGACUGGUACGUCGACGAGCGGCGGAGGCGGCGAUCUCGGCCCGAUCGGACCGCCUGCGUCCGCCGCGUCCGGUCCGGUCUCGACGUCGAACCAGCAGCCAGCGCAGGUGACAGGUUUAUAAACGUGCACGCGCACGAGGUUACUUCUGUCGCCGCAAAGAAGAAGAAAACCGACAUAAAAAGAGGCAAGCAAAACAAAAUUUUCGCAUGUCCGCAGACGUGCGUUACUACUGUCUUACUUUUACUUUAGCGAGAUCUGUUCUAUCUGUAUCGAUGGGAAUGAUGAUUUCAACGAUCCCUCGUUUUGUUUUUCUCGCAUUGCCCCGUGUCCUCGAAGGCGAAAGAAGAAAAGGCGAAAGCUUCGAAGAUGAUUUCUCGUGAGAAAUUUGCUAAUAUACGAUUUUUUUUAUUUUUGCAAUCGCGAAAUCGAUAAUAAUCGAUAAUACUUGUACAGUAAAUACCAGCUUAUUCGGGACCCGGGCAACGCGAGAUCAGAUGGCACAUGACGAGUCCAUUUUAAUGAAAACCCCACGAAAGACAGUCCGUAGAAAACGAAGGUAGAUAUGUUGUAGCGCAUUUUUCUAUCGUUUUGCAAAACGUUCCCCUGCGCGGGCGACUAUCACAUGCGUAGAAAAAUAUUCACGUUAACGAGUAUACUGAAUGAAAGUCGCAUUAUAAUUUUUGAUUUGCGAAUAACGUAUCAUGGCGAUCGGCUCAACGAGUUUCAGAUACAUGACCGCGGCGCAUGCUGAGCUAAAAGCUAAGCUGAAAUGAGUUGAGCUAAGUUUAAGCUAUUAUUUUGUGUCGCAUAAAUUUCGUAUAGAUUCGAAAGAAAGAAAGAAAAAUCGCUCGAUUAUUAGAUUAUCGUGCAGUCACAUGCUGAAUUAUUUAGAUUUGUUAUGUCCUUUCAAUUCAGCGCUCGAGGGAAAAAGUAGAGCACUAUCCUCGGCAAGAUUAAACAGCAUGGAACAUUAUUAUGGAUAGAUAAAGCGCGGCUCGUUGAGAUUAUAUACUCGACGGACAUUAUACACGCUUCUACGAGGGCGGCACGGUAAAAUCACGGACAGUUUUAGAGGGAGUUUAGGUCUUAGUGCUGUAUGCAUUUAUAUCGACUUGUAGGAGGGUUGUAGCACACACAUACACACGUACUCACAUGCCGCGCGUAUGUGUAGCGUUCCCGAUUUCGCGUAUACCGCGCCGCUUUCCUCUCUUUUACACACAAAAGUGCUGCUUUAGUAUUAUUUUUAACGCGCGGUAUUCGCUCGAUCGACGAGAAUCAGGAGACGAGAGAACAAGGUAAAACUUGAGAAGUAGAAGAUUAGAAGUUAUAGAUAUGUUGUUUAAAUGUAGCAUAGCGUUUGACAUGGGAAUGAAAAUCGGGUACCGACCCUUGGACCUGACCUGGACCUGACCUGACCUGACCAUCGAUCUGUCCUUCUGAGAUUACUUGGAAUGUUUACACACAAAAGAGCGAUUAUUUCAUUGUUUAUUUUACUUUUCUUUCUCUUUUUUUUUUAUUUUACGUCGAGAUAAUCUUUAAAGAUUUCUUAAUAAGAAUAGGUUUUCCUUCCUUCUUUUUUUGUGCUUUGAUUUUCGAGUAUGAUUACGUACGCAUACAUGCAGAGGGAAAAGAAAGCAAAAGUGAAAAAAAGAAAUAAACGGAGCAAGACAACAACGUGUUGUUCCAAUGAUCUGUCGUUCACCUCUGUUCAUUUUCGAGUUUGUAAGACUUCCGGUGCAAAGAAUAUUUCUUUCCUACUCUCUUUCCUCCCCUCCUUUUUGCAUUUUCCGCUGUCCCGUAUCCCAUCCUUCGAGCCCUCUUGAGAGAUCCUCGAGUUUUGUAAAUUGUGAUAUAAAUAAAUAACAAAUGUGUAUAGAUACGAAUAUCCGAAAUACGCGAGGACCGAUAAAUUCAAUGAAUAUUUUAUCUCUCACGGGAACUUUUUUCCCCCUUACUUUUGACGGUCUGUGAAUAUUAUGUAUUAUAAUAAUUACUAAUUAUAUUAAAUUUAACUAUGAUUUACGUUCUAACGCUGCUGUCCUAACCGAUAAGUUACGCUCCUCUGUCCCCCCCCCCCUCCCCCCUCUCCUAACUCAACCGAUUUUACAUUUUUUUCAAAGUAUCCAAUUGUAAGAUAAAAACAUUUUUUUCAUAGAAUCACAUCAGGAGAAAAAAUCAUUUUUAUAUACAUACAUAUUAUAUAUUUAAUAUGUCUAUGUAUAUAUAAGACAUCGAUCCCCUUCCCUGUUCUCCCUCAAAAUAAUUUGCAGCUACCGUUUCUAGAACGUUAAAGCCGAAGCCCAUUGUACAUUGUAUAAAUGAUAUAACGCGUUCUUGAGAAACAAAAAUAUCAGGAAAUCGUGCACAAUCGCAUGUGUAUCUAUAAUUCGUUCGCGUCAUUUUCUCCCCCUUAUCUCUUCGGAUAUGCAUAUAUACACACGUACACACGCAACAUUUUAAUUGUAAUAUAGACCGACGAUUGGAAGAAAAGGAGCGUAUACUCAGCAAUUUUCCAUAGGAUCGCAUGCGCGUUUUACGAGAAUGAAAAAGAAAAAAAGUAAACGCGAAUGCUUAUUAACAUGAGGACCUUUUUGGACAGAUUUUUAUAUAUAACUUUUUUUCACGAUUACAUCAAUCAUUUUUCCGCGUUUAAUGUAUAUGAUAUAUUUUGUUGACAUUAAAUAUAUAGAAAUUGAGAGAGAAAACAUACGAAAUUCGGCAGCAAUUAAAAUUAAAAUCGCUUGUCUAUACGCAUUUAAUUCCGUAUAAAAAGAAAGGGAAAAAAGGAAGAGGGAAGAAUGUGUAGCAGUUUUGUGAGAUAUUGUAAAUAACGAUGUAUUAAUGAAAUUGACAAAUCCCUAAGUACCUUUUCUAUCUCUCUUUGUUCCAAGCGAUGAUUGCUCUUAAGAUGUCGCGAAGCGAAACUGACGAAUACGCGACAAAAGUGUACAUUUUGUCAUCGAUCGAUCUCGCAAAAAACGAUACGACACUAUGCAAAUUCCGCAACGGAAUAUGCGUGUCCUUGCUCUUUCUCGGCAGUAGCGACCCUUUUGAAAAUCGCUGAGAACACGCGCUUGCUCGAUGUUAAUAUCCAAGUACACACAUACACGGAAACACACACACACACACACACACAUACACAUACGAUUGACAAGCUAUAAAAAGGCGAGACGUACGGUUGAUAAACUUCUCUUGAAUAUAGACAGACAUUCCAACCGCCACCUCAUCCUCAGUCGACAGGACACAAGACCUGUAUAAACCGUUAAAACGCAGCGAAUUAUUAUAAAUAAACGCGAGAGACAGUGUAAAACGUGUUUAUAAUGUUUAAGGGAAACGACGAGAAAAAAAAAAAAUAGUUCCUUCAUCCGUGUAAUAAUCGCGCGCGCGCGUCAUCUUGUAAAUUAAAGGUCGAGAAAAAAAAAAACCGCGCCUCUCAUCUGUAAUAGUAAUCCAUCAAUCACCCGUCGAACCGCGCAUAAAGAAAAGCAAGGUAAUAAAAAUUAAGCGAGAAAAAA